AUGAGAAUCUUCCUUGUUGUCGCAGGGUUCUUCCUGCUGUUGGCUGGUGCCAUCGCCAGUGUGCCGCAAAUUGAGAUCAAGGCAAGUGGCUCCAAGUUCUUUUACGCAAACAAUGGAACCCAAUUUUACAUUCGAGGCAUUGCAUACCAGGAGGACUACAACUCUGGAGGAGCUACUGGAACCGGACAGUCAAAUGAGACUCGUUACGUAGACCCGCUGACGGAUGAGUCGCAUUGCAAACGGGAUAUCCCAUAUCUCACGCAACUACGGACGAAUGUGAUUCGAACCUACGCCGUCGACCCAGCCAAGAACCAUGAUAAUUGCAUGCAACAGCUGGCAGAUGCGGGGAUCUAUGUCAUCGCCGACCUCGCAUCCCCCGACUUGUCUAUCACUUCGGAUAUGCCAUCAUGGACUGUGGAUCAGUAUGCUCGGUACACCGCCGUGAUUGAUACCUUCCACAAGUAUGACAAUGUCAUUGGUUUCUUUGCUGGUAAUGAGGUUGUCAAUCAUGCAAAUCAGUCGGCGGGUGCAGCAUUUGUCAAAGCCGCGGUCCGCGAUAUGAAAGCCUAUAUCAAGACGAAAGGAUAUAGAACAUCACUAGCCUUUGGCUAUGCGACUACCGACCGCCCAGAGUUUCGCAGGGAACUCUCAGACUAUCUUAGCUGUGGUGAUCACUCUACCGCAAUUGAUUUCUUUGGUUACAACAUUUAUGAAUGGUGUGGAGACAACACCUUCAAGGGCUCUGGGUACUCGAACCUCACAGAGCAAUACAAAGACUACUCGAUUCCAAUCUUCUUUUCCGAGUACGGAUGCAAUACAGUGAGGCCGCGUAAGUUCGGUGACAUCGCUGCAAUCUUUGGACCUGAUAUGGAGAAUGUUUGGAGCGGUGGAAUUGUCUAUCAGUACUUCCAGAGUACCAACGACUACGGGCUUGUCUCUGUCGAUGGAGAUUCCGUCAGCACUGAGCCUGAUUUCAGCUACUAUUCCAAAGCCAUGCAGACCGCAACACCCUCGGGGAUUAAUAGUGGCAGUUACUCUGUUACGAAAUCUCCACAUGCGUGUCCUACAGUCGAUAGUAACUGGUUGGCCAAAUCGAGCCCCUUGCCACCUUCGCCAAACAAGGACUUGUGCUCCUGCAUGGUAGACAGUCUAUCAUGCGUGGUCAGCGACUCAAUGCAUGCGAAUCAAUACGGUGACUUGUUUGGUACAGUCUGUGGAUCUGACAAGAGUGCCUGCGAUGGGAUUUCUGGGAAUGCAACCACAGGGCAGUACGGAACCUUUGGUGUCUGCUCCAGCAAAGACAAGCUCUCCUAUGUUUUUGACCAGUACUACCAGAGCCAGAAGAAAGACCAGUCAGCCUGUGACUUCAAGGGAGCUGCGUCCGUCCAGUCUGCAAAGAGUUCUUCUGCAAGCUGCAAGUCAAUCCUCAGCCAGGCUGGAGUUGGCCAGGCCACUGGCGCAGCCACGUCCACAUCGAAAGGGGCUGCUGUGAGCACGGUGGUACCAGUUGCCGUCAGAGUCGAUAACUUGUUUGUAGCAAUGUCCUUCGCUGCAGCCAUUAUGGCCGGAUUUUUUAUGGUCUAUCUUUAG